AAAAAUGGCAUCCACAACCGCCCGUUGCCUGCGGCCAACGACAGGUUUUUCGGCCCGCCGAUCCACCGGUCAAGCUCAAGCUUUCAACGUUUCAACUCCCCGCCAUGCGACUCCGCUCCACUUGACACCCUUCUUUUUCUGUAAACCACAAAGGAGGAAAUAGAUGCAAAGCUUCUCCGAUAUUGUUUCCUGAUCUCAUGAUGCUGUCAGCUGGGCCUUCUAAUACUAGCCACGGAGGACAUCUUUUGCUACAAAUCUAAAGCUUCCACCUCAUCAUCUCCCCACGACUAUGAUUCCUCGAGUGGUUGCUCUUCUCGCACUUUCAAACCUCCUUCACAAUGUGUACGGAGCCAGCAUAGCCACAGCUUGGUACGCGAGCUGGCAUGCGAACAGAGGGUUCCCUCUGGAAAGUGUUCCCUGGUCAAAAUACACUCAAUUAACAUACGCUUUUGCAGAAACCACGCCCGACACCCAUACUCUAAGCCUCACCGUCAACGGAGAUACUGGACCAGGUGCCGAUCUUUUGAAAAGCUUUGUUUCCACGGCUCAUCAAAACAGCGUCAAAGCUUCUGUCUCGAUUGGAGGCUGGACUGGCUCACGAUGGUUUUCAACUGCAGUCGGCUCCUCUGAGAAUAGAACCAUUUUUGUCAAAACAGUGACGGAUCUCGUAACGACGUUUGAUUUGGAUGGCUUGGAUUUCGACUGGGAAUAUCCGGGAGCUCAGGGCAUUGGCUGCAAUACAGUCAACCAAGAAGACACCAAUAACUUCCUACUCUUCCUUCAAGAACUCCGUCAAGAUCCUGUAGGCUCGAAACUCAUUUUAUCAGCUGCAACGUCCACUCGUCCGUAUGAAAUCACUCAGCAACCGCUAUCAGCUUUUGCUGAGGUCCUCAGCUAUAUCGCCAUCAUGAAUUACGACGUCUGGGGACCAUGGAGUUCUCAAGUGGGUCCAAACGCGCCUCUCGACGACACUUGUGUAUCGUCGGACAAGCAAGCCGGCUCUGCAGUUUCUGCAGUCAAAGCAUGGACCGCUGCCGGGUUCCCUGCAAGUAAGAUUGUGCUGGGCGUUGCUGCAUAUGGACAUUCCUUCACGGUACAUCCUGACGAUGCGUUUGAGAGCGAUGGUAAAACUCUCGCUCCGUAUCCCUCUUUUGACGCUUCCAGUCCUCCUACUGGAGAUAGCUGGGACGAUCCCCCUGGCGUUGAUGAGUGUGGAGUGCAACAGAAUGCAGGAGGUGUUGUUAACUUCUGGGGUUUAAUCGAGAAAGGUUACUUGAACCAAUCUGGAAAUCCGAGCCCUGGUAUUCCAUAUAGAUUCGAUACCUGCAGCCAAACGCCCUAUGCGUAUAAUCUCACCACACAGAUCAUGGUAUCCUUCGAUGACGCACGCUCAUUCGCCGCUAAAGGUGAAUUUAUACGUGCCAAUGGAUUGGCCGGAUUCUCCACGUGGGAAGCUGGAGGUGAUUCGAACAACAUCCUGCUCGACUCUAUAAGGAGUAGCUUUUAAUUCGAUUCUUCAAUUCAACCCGUUUACAAGGUCUACAAUAGUUGUACAAUACUAAGAACGAGCAC